AAAUUGUUCAUCGUUACGACAAUAUAUUAUAUUGAUUUGUGUUUGAAAUGUGAUUCCAUUACGUAAUCCUGCUGCUAAUAUAUAAUCUUGUUGCUGUUUGUAAUCUACAUAUUAUAUAUUUUUACUACAAUGGAGUUGCAAUGCAAAGUGCAAAAUUAUGAAUGGGGCAAGUUAGGAUUGGAAAGUACAGUAGCAAAACUUUUGUCAAAUGCUAAUCCAAACAUUACAAUUGAUCCUGAGAAGCCUUAUGCAGAACUGUGGAUGGGUACACACUCAAAUGGACCAUCUCUCAUCAUAGAAAGAGACAUCCUUCUAUCAGAGUAUCUGAAGGACAACCAUGAUGCGGUAGGCCCUGAUGUGAAGAGGAAAUUUGGAGUUACGGUUCCUUUUCUAUUAAAAGUUUUAUCAGUUAGAAAAGCUUUGUCUAUACAAGCCCAUCCUACUAAGGAUCAUGCAGAGGUUUUACACAAGAGUUUUCCUGAUAUGUACAAAGAUCCUAAUCAUAAGCCAGAACUUGCUAUAGCUCUUACACCAUUUGAAGCGCUAUGUGGCUUUAGACCUACUGCGCAAAUCAAGGACUUUUUGAAAAAUCUACCUGAACUUGCCCAAAUCUUGCCACAAGAUAAUUUAAAUUCCUUUCUCAACAAUGAUUCUAUAGAUGACAGUGAAAAUCUUUUGAAAAUUGUCUUCCAAUCCCUCAUGACCUGUGAUAAAGAUGUAAUUGCUUCAAGCUUAAAAAACUUACAUGCAAGAUUAGCAAAAGAAGGUGGUGAAACCCAGACAUCACUUCUCUAUUCACUCGUGCAAAGACUUUAUAAAGACUAUCCAGGAGAUGUAGGCUGCUGGGCUCCGUACUUUAUGAACUACAUGAUACUAAGACCCGGUCAAGCUAUUUUCCUGAAACCCAACUUACCUCAUGCCUAUUUAAGUGGAGACUGCAUAGAAUGUAUGGCCUGUUCUGACAAUGUUGUCCGUGCGGGACUCACUCCAAAGCACAUAGACGUGCCGACACUAGUGGAUAUGUUAGACUAUAAGAGUUAUAAAACUGAGGAACUUCUGUUUGUACCACAACUGGAGGAUGAAAAUAGUUGUAUUUGGAGACCACCUGUGCCAGACUUUGCUGUUGCAAAAAUAAGGGUGGAAAGCGGUGACUCUUACAAUACUAAAGUCCGUCCCAGUCCAAGUGUUUUUAUCAUAAUUUCUGGAUCAGGUGAGGCUUGUGACACUGAGCCCGUACAAAUAAGACCUGGUGUUGUAUUGUUCUUGAAGGCGAGUCGGCAGUUAACACUAACACCAGCUGAAAACUCGCAUAUAGAAGCAUAUCAAGCUAUAUGUAACAUUUGAGCAAAAAUUGGUUUAAUAGAUUAUUUUUAAUGUCAUAAUAUUAGUGCUCUUAUUGACUUGAGAGAAUUUUAUUGGACAGCAUUAAAAAUAUAACCAUCCCUUACUUUUAUAGGGGCGAAAAAGAGACAGGCGUUUUAGUUACCUAUAAAUAAUUUUUAAAAGUAAGUAAUUAAUAAUUAUGACAUUGUAUACAUAGUUGUAAAAAGCAAUGAAAUUAUAUACUUUUUAGUAUUUUUAUGCUUUAUUUUUAAAUGUUUAAAUUGUUUUUAUUUUAUAUUUAGCGUCACACUUGUAAGUUACCUAUAAUUAUAGGCUUCAUCUAAUGAAUUAUAAAUUAUGUGCCUUAAAAGUUUGACAUGAAUCUACAAGUAUUAUAAAGUAUAGUAACUAAGUAAAUAAAUAGUGGUAUUCACAAAUAUGUUAUUGGAUAAUAAAGGCUAUUUACAUUUUAAUUAUUAUUAAGAUAAAA